GUCGAAAACCGGAAACAGUCAACCUAUACCCGCGUCGCUCGUAAGACCAACAACACAAGACUGCACACAAACAUCUUUUUUUUCUUGCUUCUUUUCCGAAUAAAACGACACCAUGCCGGUCACCUGUGCGUCGACGGGGUGCAAUAAUAAGUUUGUGAAGGGGUCGGAAAUCAGAUUUUAUAGGUUUCCACUGAGCAAACCUUCCCUUUCCGCCAAAUGGGUCCAGCACCUUGGUUUGAAAAACUUCAUCCCAUCAGCCAACACCUGCCUGUGCUCAGACCAUUUCGCACCUGACUGCUUCAGGGACUACAAUGGCAAACAGUUCCUCAGGGAGGACGCAGUGCCGACCUUGUUCCCUCUUGGGCAACCCCAAGACUCCUCAAAGAUCGAACUACGGAAACGGGCCUCAGUGACAGUACCCAGGGAAGCCGGUUCCGCAAAUCAAAUGGCAUCACAAGCAGAGAGAGACAAAGGGCGGGAGCCUGCCGUUCAACGCAGGGACAAAAGAAGCUCAAGAGGUGGACGCGGAGGCCGUGGGGGAAAACAGAUGUCUGAUAGGCAGAACAUCGCAGGCAAGAGCAGAGUUUAUGACAGCAAAGGUCGACUGUUGUCCAACGGCAAGGACCUGUGUGACUGUUUGGACGUGGACUGCGCGGGCUGCUUCUAUCCCUGCACCGACUGUAGCUCACGCAAGUGCGGGUUUGAGUGCCGAUGUAACAGGAAGUGGCUUUACGAGCAGGUAGAAGUGGAGGGAGGUGAGAUCAUUCGCAACAAGUAUGCUUUUUAAUUUCAGCCAAAUUAACACAGACUGUAUAUACCGGACACAAUCGAAUACAACCUAAUAGAAAGCUAGCAAUUAUUUCACACAUUGUUGGAAUUCUCAGUUUUAUCAGGGGCGGUUACCGUUCACAAGCGUUUUCUACCAAGCAUACUUGCUUUGUUAGUAUUGAAAACUGCGACGUUACUUAGAGAACGUUUGGCUGAGUCCGCUGUGAGUGCUGCAUGAGUGAGUGAUUGUUUACUUGAACCAGAUGUGAUGUCACCUUCAACAAUGGUAUCAAAAUAUGUUUAAUUUGACGUAAAUUUAUACCCAGUAGUACCAAUGGAAUUCGGUCAGUGCUUAUGAAAGUACUGAAUCCGAUACACAUCCCUAGUUCUUUUUGAUUGACACUGUAGGGGAGGUAUUACGCUUGCCAUACUUAUAGGUUGGAGAAAUCAUGAUAUUACAGUUUUUUGGAUCUCCUUUGAUUACCAGUACAAGUGUAUCUAAGGUUGUGGCCAACAAGUGUAUAACAGAAGGAUGGACUACUUUGAUAAGGCUACAUCAGGACGAUGGCAGCCUAACCUUCAGAUAUUUCAGCUUGUUGGACAUUAAAGGACUGUUUUAAUACAAUAUUAAUGCUCAAAACUCUCGUUCAUGAUAGAAGAUAGGCAGAAUUAUUGGAGUAUUUUUUAUCUAUAUGGUUGGGUUUAUUAACAUGGUUUUGUGUCAAUAACCAUGUUAAUAAACUUCAUUUCCAAUAUAAUGUUUCUACUGCUGAUAUACAGAACAUUAUUUUAGGAAAUCAUUUAAAACAAGACUUAUUUUGUGUUUGAUUAUGUGUAUAGUCACGUUUUAAUAAUGCAAUUCAGAUGAAAGUUUCAUUAAAUUUUCAGGAGAGAAGCAAUUAAGAAUUCAACUCAUCAAAAUUCAUUUAAUUGUACAGUGCAACAAAAUCACACCGGCUGCUCCGGUUAGAAGUAUGAAAUACAAAUAAUUAAAGGGGAUCUAUUCUACAUGUUAAACUUUUUAAGACUUAUGUGUAUGUAAAAAUUGUUUAUUUUUAGUCUGUGUAUGAUUUGGUAAUGCUACAUCAAUGAGGUUGGUGUGUAAAAAAAAUUGGCCUAUCAUCCACAAUCCGUGAGACAAAAUUACAUAUCUUUCCAUUUUCUGUGCGUGCUAAAUAUUGGAAAACUGCUCAUAAGAGGCAGCUUUCAAGGCCAACCCACUACUACCGACCACGCAGUCUGAUAGUUUAUAUAUCAAUGAUGAAAUCUUAACAUUGCAACACAUGCCAAUACGGCCUUUUUAGUUUACUAAAUUGCAAUUUUAAAUUUCCCGCGAGGUAUCCUGUUGAAAACGUCGCGGAAUGAUGACGCGUGCGCGUGACGUCAUGUUCUCCCAGCACCGAUCACGGCUAAAAGUUUUUAUCGCAUAAUUACACAGUAUUCUGGACAUCUGUGUUGCUGAAUCUUUUGCAAUCUGUUCAAUUAAUAAUGGAGACUACAAAGAAGAAUGCUGUUGGUGGAAAGUGGUGUAUUGCAGCCACCUUAGCAACACAAACACAGCCGGUGUUUCUUUGUUUGUUGUGAAGCUUUAAUAUGGAACAGAGCAAUCAAGCGAACAUGUUUCUCUACCACAUGUCAACCGGCAGGUUUCGGUGAAAAAAUUGUGGUAACAAGUCGGCUCUUACCGUAAACAUGAGCGGAGCUUGUGUCGUUCUUCCUGCAGCUGUCAAAGAGGCAGCUGCGACUUUCUUGGCUCAUCCAUGGCUUCCCUCAGAGACACUGGCGGUCGCCACACCUCUCUGACUUUCAGGUAUGACUUUAUAAUCUCACUAAAACACUAGUAACACAAUAAGCAGAUAAGGGAUUUUCCAGAAUUAUCCUAGUAAAUGUGUCUAAUAACAUCUGAAUCGCUCCCACUGCCAUUGUCCUUCACUCUCACUAUCCUCAUCCACAAAUCUUUCAUCCUCGCUCAAAUUAAUUGGGAAAUUGUCGCUUUCUCGGUCAGAAUCGCUCUAGCUGCUGGUACCCAUGAUUAUAAACAAUGUGAGGAUUUGAUUAGCUCUACAACCAGUGAUGUCACGCGCACAUCGUCUGCUACUUCCGGUAAAGGCAAGGCUUUUUUAUUAGCGACCAAAAGUGGCGAACUUUAUCGUCGAUGUUCUCUACUAAAUCCUUUCAGCAAAAAUAUGGCAAUAUCGCAAAAUGAUCAAGUAUGACACAUAGAAUGGACCUGCUAUCCCCGUUUAAAUAAGAAAAUCUAAUUUCAGUAGUCCUUUCAAUGCAGGUAUUGGGUAUACAAUCUAUUCCGCCUAUGAAACCCUUUGAAAACCUCCAACACUGUUUCAUACAAUAGUGUGCAAAUAAACUGAAAAACAAAGUUUUAUUUCAAUAGAGAUACCCAAAAAAAACCAUUGUUUUUUUAAUAAUGGAACCUGCAACCAUACGUUUUUCUCAUAAUGAACAUUUCAGAGACACCUGCAUGAUACCUUUGUCAAUUUGUAGGGAACUUACUGCAUUUUGAAAUCAAAUCUCUCUUUAUAUAUUCAUUACGGCUGGCUUCUGAGAGCGUGGAAUGUCAUCUAGGUUGAAACUGUCAGAAAGUUAUUUCACACAAUGCCAGAAAAAUGCACUGCUGUGAUUGUUGCCAAAUGGGGCCACACUGAAUAUUAAAAUCAAAUGUAAAAAAAAAAAAUAAAAAAAAUUAUCAGUCCAGUCCAUUUAUCAGGACUGGACUGAUGAAUGUGUAGGUGAAAUAUUCUCUGGGUUUUUUGCCUUUACCUUUCUCAAAUGCAAAAAAGUGAAGUAAGGCUCUGUAAUAAUAAAACACCAGUUUCUUAAGA